AUGCGUGACGACCCUAAUUUGCUCUUUCUCAAGUAUGAGGAUAUGAAGAAGGACUUGCCGAGUGCCGUGAAGGCCAUUGUGACAUUUCUGGAGGUUGAUCUGGAUGAAUCGACCAUAAAAAGCAUCGCAGAGGCCAGUACUUUCAACAACAUGAAGGUAGAUUUGGACAAUUCCAAGAUGGCUGAGAGACAGCUGAUAGCUAGGAAAGCUCUAUUGUAUAUCCGCUUUUUUGCCUCCCCUUACAGGCAUUGUUAUGUUGGAGACUGGAAGAACAUGUUUACACCAGAGCAGAGUGAAGCUUUUGAUGCCUGGUAUGAGGAGAAGUUUGCUGGGACGGGCAUCACCUUUGACUUUGAAUAA